UAUGGCUCCGAAUGGUGACUGCGGGUUGAGCGGUGCGGGACAAGCGGUUUAAUUGCGGUGCGGUUCUAACAGUUAUAAAAAUGUAUAGAUAUAGAAUAUAUAUAGAGAUUUUUGUAACUGUUAACUGCGGGGCGGGAAGCUGGUUACCAUUCGAAGCCUAUAUUUGUGACAUAAAUUUUCUUAGUGAUAUCCUAGGGUAUGAUUAUGGAAUGUGAUAAAUGUAAUGGUAGUGAAAUUUUAUUUUCAGAUUUAUAUAUAUUCUCUUCUACAUGCUGAUUGUUGAUUAUAAUGUACUUGACUAUGAAAGAUUUGAAACGUUGAAAUUUUGAAAUCAAUAAAUAAAUAAAUGAUUUGAUUUAUCUCAUUAUAAGUACGUACAUGGUUUGUUAAAUAAAAAAUCAUUGAUAGAUAGUUGAAUUUUCUUUGUUUUUUUUUUGCACAUUUUCUGUUGCAUCGAUAUCGAUUUCUAAUGUGUAUCUACGAUUAUUAGUGAAGUGUAAUAUUGACUAAUUCAAAUAUUUAACCUAUUACAGUAAUCAUUAAAUAGAAAAAUAUUCUAUCUGAAUUUUGUUCCAUACAAAAAGGGUAUAUUGCUUCUUGUAUAUAGUUAUGAACUACACGUAUGGAUUACGCCAUACAUCAAUACAACAAAGAAGCGAAGUAAGAGAUAAGCUCCGAUAAAGAUUUUAUAUUUUGUUGUUCCACGUCACUGGUCAUGGAGAGACCACCUUUACUUCCACGAGUUGUACCACUUCACAAGUCUCAUAACUAUUCUACCACGACUCUAUACUACUUUCCAUAAAUAUUUAACUAAGUUUGAAAAAAAAGUGAAGUAAAAGAGGAUUUCACAGCUCGUUCGUGGUGGCGGGAUUGUUGAGGAUCCGUAUUUUAGAGCGCUAACUGGUAGAAUUUCGGUUCAAUAUCCUAUCCAAGCAAAUUUGAUGCACGUGUGGCCGCUUAUAUUCUUAGGCUUCGAUCCAGAAGAUGUUCCCCACACGAUUUACGGGAAACUCCUAGUAACUGUAUAGUUAGUUGCAUACAGUUACAUUUACGUACUUGCUCUUGUUACAUCUGUCAGUUUGACUCUUAAGUAUUAGUCUACUACAAAUAGUAUAAUUUAUAACUUCCCUUCUUGAGUAGUGAAAAAGAGAUCAAAGUGUAACUAAUAUUAGUGAUAUGCUUUGAUAAAAUUUAAUGUUAAAAAUAAUGGAAGACGAGUUUAACGUAGAUAAUUUAUUGUGAAAAUGUUUUUUGGUCGACAAUUUCAUAUUACAUGCAUCAGUCACUAAUUUGAUGCAUUCCGUAAGGACUAUAUAUGGUCGCCGUGGUUUUCUUUUGUCCGUAUUUGUGUUUGGCUUUACGCUUUUGUUUUAUAAUAAUGUGAAAAUGUUUAUACUUUCAAAGACAUAAGCUUUAAAGAUUGUAUGAUCACACAAUAAAGAAUAAUCAUUAAAGAAAUAACUCAAAAUCUUAAGCUCUGACAAUCAGUUUCUAAAACUCAAAAGUUCAUGCCAGAACAGAAUUCAGCAUCUUCUUAUAUAGAGAUAUAAUUUCCUAAACACAUUAGUAAAACCUAUUGUCCUAAACAUAUAUCGAUUAGGAUUAGUGUAACUUGGAUCCCAAGUUAACUUCAAGAUUAUUGACAAAUUCUCCCCCUUAAUUUUGAACUCCAACAAGUUCUCUCAUCUCUUUGAAUUUGAUUCCACCAAGUGCCUUAGUAAGACUGUUAACCUUUUGUUCAUUGCCCGGAAUAUGUUGGACGUCCACUUGAUUGUUUUCAAUGCAUUCCCUUAUGAAGUGAUAACGCUAUAUAUGCUUGCUUCGGCCGUGAAUACAUGAUUCCUUGUGAGUGAUAUUGCAGAUUUGUUGUCGAGAUGAAUCACUACUCUUUUGCACGGUUUCUCGGUUACUUCUUCUAGGAGUUCUUGGAGCCAUAUAUCUUGUUUGGCAGCUUCAGUCGCAGCCACAAAUUCUGCUUCACAUGAGGAUAGAGCCACAGUUUCUUGUUUUUGAGAACACCAAGAAAUCGGACACUCACUCAAAUAAAAUAUGUGUGAUGUGGUGUUGCUUCCAUCAUCUUCAUCAAUGUUAUGGCUUGAAUCACUGUAUCCAAUCAACUCGAGUUUAUCCACUCGUUUGAAUACGAAACCAAGCGAGACAGAGCCCUUUAAAUACCUUAGUAUUUGUUUUAAUGCUGCACCGUGAGACACCUUUGGAUCAUGCAUAUAUCUGCUCAGUAACCCGACACAAAACACAAGGUCUGGCCGAGUGUGUAUAAAAUAGCACAAGCACCCGAUGUUCUUUCGAUACUCCUUCUCGUUUAUGCUCUGUUCUAACUGGCUUUUGAUUAGUUUCAACCCAAGUUCCAUUGGAACGUGCACUGCAUUACACUCAUCCAUGCCGGUUUCACUCAAUAUCUUUCUAGCAUAUAUUUCUUGCUUCAAUGUUAUCCUUUCUUUGUGUUGAAACACUUCAAUACCUAGAUAAUAAGUUAGUAGGCCGAGGUCAUGCCAAAAUUUGCAUUCAUUUCUUGCUUGAACUCAUGUAUGACGUCUAGAUCCGAGCGGGUAACAAGUAAAUCAUCAACAUAUACUGCCACCAAACUAGUUUGAUCUCGUACUUUCGGUAUAAGGAAGGUUCCUUCGAGCAUUUUUUCAAACUUUAGUUAUCGGAGAAUACAGUUAAGCUUCCCAUUCCAUGCUCUCGGUGCAUGUUUUAAACUAUACAAAGCUUUUUGAAGUUUGUAUACAUUAUCCUCACUUCCUUUGAUCUUGAACCCUUCUGGUUGGCUUACGUAAACUUCUUCCUUCAAGUCUUCAUGAAGAAAAGCGGUCUUGACGUCUAAGUGGUGAAUUUUUUCUUUCUGUUUGAUGAUGCUAGAGCAAUGAUAAAUCGCACCUUUUCCAUACGCGCAACAGGAGCAAAACCUUUUUCAGAAUCUAUGCCAUGUCGUUGAAUGUAGCCUUUAGCCACUAAUCUCGACUUAUGUUUGUUUAUGCUCCCAUCAGCAUUGCGUUUGAUUUUUAAUAUCCACUUCAGACCAAUCGUCUUUGCUCCUUUAGGUAACUCGACCAGGCUCCAUGUGUUGCUUUAACGAUUGAUUUUAUCUCACUAGCACAUGCAUCUCGCCAUACCUUCUCUUCCAUGGCUGAUUCAAAAUCCCAUGGUUUCUCAUUCAACAAUAGUAAUAAUAGACAUUCUCCUUAUUUGGCAGAAAGAUGUAUGUAAUCAUCUAGAUAUCAUGGUUUUUUACUUAGUCUUGUUGAUCUUCUUACUUGUACUUGCUCUGUUUCUUCUUCGAUGUUUGUUGGGGAAUCAUCGAAUUGGUUAUCCUCUCCUUCUUCAUUAUCGUCGGUAUUAUCUGCCUCUGGUUCCUUGAUAUUAUCUUUUAUGCCUUGAUUCCCAUAGACACUGAAAGUGACUUUUAACUGCCUUAGAGCAUCUACAACAAUCACACCAAAUUUGGUGUUAAAAUUACACCAAAUUUGGUGUUUUGGUGUUAUAAUUUGUUGUCAUCUCCAACAAUGACACUAAAUUUUACACCAAAAGUAAUAUUAUAUAUUAUUUGAUGUUUUCAAUUUUUUUAUUGUAUAUUAUUUUUAAUUGAUAAAUAAUUAUUUUAUCACAUUUAUAUUAUUAUUUAUUUUUUCUUACUUGUAAAUGAUGAAUGAUAAUAGUCAUUUAGUGAUUUAUUUUGAAAAUAAGAAUAAAAAAUAAAAAUUUAGUAUUUUAAUUAUGUAAAAAUAAAUUUAAAAUAAAAAUAAUACAAUAUAUUAAUGUUUAAUUACAAAUUGGAUAAUAAUUGAACUAUAUUAUUAAAUGAAACAUACUAAAAUAUACAUUUUAAAGAUUUGGUGUGAUGAAUAGUGUUACACUAAAUUUGGUGUAACACUAUUCACAUUACACCAAAUUUGGUUGGAUGGUGUCAAAUUUGGUGUCUUGUUGGAGAUGAAAUCACACCAAAUUUGGUGAUUUGGUGUCUUGUUGGAGAUGACCUUAGUUUCUCCACGGUUUCGUGAUCAAGAAGGUUUCUCCACUUCCAUCUUCUAUCUUCUUCGAAAAUGACAUCUCUGCUAACUGGGAUUUUUCUACUCACAGGAUCAAACAUCCUAUAUGCCUUCGAGUCGGGUUCAAUUCCUAGAUGCACAAGAAUUUGGGUUAUGCCAUCAAGCUUCUUUACGUUUCUUGCCUCAGUCUUGGUGUAUCCGAUAUCAAAACACUCGUAAGUGUUUUAUGCUUGGUUUUCUUCCUUUGUAUGCUUCAUACGGAGUUAGUGACGCCAAUGUCUUUGUUGCAACUCUUUUUAUCAAAUAUGUUGAGUGACGCAUGGCUUAUCCCCAAAGAUAGUUUGGUACCUCCAUGUGUUUGAGAAUACUUCUUGUCAUCUCUAACAACGUUCUAUUUCGCUUCUCCACCGCUCUGCUUUGUUGAGGCAUGUAUGGAGCAGCUAAGUAGGAUUCCAUAUAACUCGCAAAAACUACUGAUUCAAUGCUUGUAAACUUUCACCCUCUAUUUUUUCUAAACGUUUUUAUUGUUGCAUUCGUCUCCUUCUCUACUAUUGCUUUGAAACGUUUGACAAUCAAUCUCUAAAACUCAGAAGUUCAUGCCACAACUCAGCAUCUUCUUAUAUAGAGAUUUAAUUUCCUAAACACAUUAGUAAAACCUAUUGUCCUAAACACAUCUCGAUUAGGAUUAGUGUAACUUGGACCCUAAGUUAACUUCAAGAUUAUUACCAACAAAAGAAAUCCAUAAGUUUUGUAUUUUAUAAAUUUCACAAAAUGUAAACACAUGGAACUUUUUAGGCUCUGACUAGUGACCAUUUUAAGAACCCUAAGAACAAAUAUGAAAGGAAUGAAGAAGAAUAAAAUAAUAGAAAUGAGUGGGAAUGAUUGUUUUUUCCCAAAUAUAUAGUUAGAAAUAAUUUUAUUCUAUUAUUCUUUAAAAAAAAAGAAUGAGGAAGAAUGGAAAGGAAAAUUAAUCCCUUAUGAAUGGUGUAAUUUUACAGGAACAAAAGGUGUUUAUACGUGUGAAUAUAAUAACAUAGAUUACCUAAAUGCAGCUUCAGUGACAUUGGAAUAUUUAUAUAUUUGAAUAGAAAUGAAAUUUUGUUUAGUCAAAACUAUAAACUAAUCUUGAAACAUUUAUAAUUGUUAUGUAAGGUUUGUAGUGCUAAUCGUUUGGUACUCGAUUAACAAAACAACAAUAUUGGAACACAGCCCCUAGGUUAAUGUGUUACGAUUCAUAUAAAAAGCUACUUGUUACACGUAAUAUUACAUCAUGGAUCAUAUUAUAGAUGGAGAGAUUCAUAUGUCUAAGGACAUCAUUAACCGUGAUCUUUUAGCCGAGAUUUUUAGCUCAUGAUUUGAUAUUUUUUUGUUUUUUGUUUUUAUAUUUUUUGGCCAAACGUCGGCUCUUAUAUAUCUUAUUUAAAAGACGAUUCUUAAUUUUUUAUAGUUAAAAUCUAAAAAAAUCUAAGAACCGUCUAUUAGCCGAAGCUAAGAACCCUAGUUAAGAAAUUGGGGUUAAUGAUGGUCUAAUGUAUUUAAAUAUUAUUUUCUAGAAAAAUGUGUGCAAGAUAAAUUUAAGUAUGAUCAUGUUCGAAUGCAAUAGAAGUGUGUAUUUGUGUGUAUGAUUAGUGACGAGCUGCACUACUCACAUCUUUAUAAUUCCUUAAUAUUAUUGAGUGCGUUAUAUUCAAAUCUAUAUAUACAAGUGAGUGUAAUUAAGCUCGCAAUAAGGGCCAAGCAAUUUAAUUAAAAAAAAUAUUUACAUUUCCAUUUUUCCCCUUUACAUUAUUUUAAUCUCUUUAACAAAUCGCAUAAAAAGUUAAAUCGGCUCGUAGCUGCAAACCAUGUGUGUGAAAAAGAUACAUCUCCAUUAGGUAAAUUAGUGCGAAAACCAAAAAGAGAAAACUCAAUUCAUCUUCUCUACACGUCUAUAUCUCUCUUUCCCUCUAUAUAUACAAACAAUCAUCUUUCCCUCUUAAUGCUUCUCUUACACAUUAAACCAUUCUCUCUCUCUUUCUUUCUUUCUCCUUCACGUUUUGAUUUCUUCCGAGUCACAAGAUUAACAUAUCUUUAAUCAAAAGGGAAGUCAUUAUAUGCAAAGAGGAUGGUGAAGUUCUCCAAGGAGUUAGAGGCUCAACUCAUACCGGAGUGGAAAGAGGCAUUUGUUAAUUAUUGUCUACUAAAAAAACAAAUCAAGAAAAUCAAAAUCUCUCGUAAACCAAAACCGGCUUCUCUUUACCCCAUUGCUCAUCAUCCUUAUUGUGGUCUAUCUCUGUUCCAGCCGGUUCGCAACUUGGCAAGGACCUUCUCGGAUAAACUGUUUUCCUCCUCAGAAACACCAGAGAUUCUUGAGGUGAGGAGAAGAAAAAGCUCAGAAAAUGGGGAUGAUGUCGAGGAAAUUUACCAAACUGAGCUUGUUCAGUUGUUUUCCGAAGAAGACGAGGUUAAAGUCUUCUUCGCAAGAUUGGAUGAAGAGCUAAACAAAGUGAAUCAGUUUCACAAGUCCAAAGAGACAGAAUUUGUAGGAAGAGGAGAGAAUCUCAAGAAACAGUUAGACAUUCUUGCAGAACUCAAACAGAUCCUAAGUGAUCGGAAGAAGAGAAACCUUUCUGGUUCAAAUUCACAUCGCUCCUUCAAUUCUUCUGCGCGAAACUCUGAUUUCUCUGCAGGAGAAUUAAGUGAGACACAAAGUGAAACAUCAAGAACUGACGAAAUCAUAGAGGCAUUGGAGAGGAACGGUGUGAAUUUCAUAAACUCUGCAACGAGGACCAAAACAAAAGGAGGCAAACCCAAAAUGUCUCUCCGUGUCGACAUUCCAGACGCCGUGGCAGGAGCUGACGGUGGCGGUGCAAGAUCCAUCGCAACGGCCACAUCGGUUCUCUGGGAGGAGCUUGUUAACAACCCGAGAAGCGGCGGAGGGGAUUUCAUCACCCGGAAGAAGAUUCAAUGCGCAGAGAAGAUGAUACGUAAAGCCUUUGUUGAGCUCUACAGAGGUCUUGGCUUGUUGAAGACUUACAGUUCACUGAAUAUGAUAGCUUUUACAAAAAUAUUGAAGAAAUUCGACAAGGUUUCUGGUCAGCAAGCAUCAUCAAGUUAUCUUAAAGUCGUAAAGAGAUCGCAAUUUACCAGCUCUGAUAAGGUGGUAAGACUCAUGGACGAAGUGGAGUCCAUAUUCACAAAGCACUUCGCAAACAGUGACAGGAAAAAGGCCAUGAAAUUCUUGAGACCCCACCAGCAGAAAGAUUCUCACAUGGUCACUUUCUUUGUUGGAUUAUUCACAGGUUGCUUUGUCUCAUUGUUUAGUAUUUACAUAAUACUAGCCCAUCUUUCUGGAAUAUUCACGUCUGGUGCUCAAGUUUCAUAUAUGGAGACUGUUUAUCCUGUUUUCAGUGUUUUUGCGUUGCUGAGUCUGCACAUGUUCAUGUACGGAUGCAAUCUGUUUAUGUGGAAGAGCACGAGGAUAAACUACACGUUUAUAUUCGAGUUCUCACCAACCACAGCGUUGCGUUACCGAGAUGCGUUUCUCAUGGGAACAACGUUUAUGACCGCAGUCGUGGGUGCUAUGGUCAUCCAUCUCAUCCUCCGUGCCGCCGGUUUCUCGGCCAACCAGGUCGAUACAAUUCCUGGCGUCCUCCUCCUGAUAUUCAUUUGUGUGUUGAUAUGCCCCUUCGACGCAUUUUAUCGGCCAACAAGAUUCUGCUUCAUUCGAAUAUUACGGAACAUCGUUUGCUCACCUUUCUACAAGGUUUUGAUGGUUGACUUUUUCAUGGCUGAUCAACUUACUAGCCAGAUUCCUUUGCUGAGACAUUUAGAGUCAACUGCGUGUUACUUCAUGGCUCAAAGCUUUCGAACACACGAAUACAAUACCUGCAAAAACGGAAGAAUCUACAGAGAACUUGCUUAUUUAAUCUCUUUCUCACCUUACUUCUGGCGUGCCAUGCAAUGCAUAAGGAGAUGGUGGGACGAAUCAAACACUGACCACUUAGUCAACAUGGGGAAAUACGUUUCAGCAAUGGUUGCAGCCGGAGUCCGCAUAACCUAUGCAAGAGAAAGCACCAACUUGUGGUUAACCGCCGUGCUUGUGAGCUCAGUGGUGGCCACGCUUUACCAGUUAUACUGGGACUUUGUCAAGGAUUGGGGUCUUUUAAACCCUAAAUCCAAAAAUCCAUGGCUAAGGGACGAUCUUGUUCUCAAGAACAAGAACUUCUACUAUUUCUCCAUUGCGGUGAAUUUGGUAUUGCGAGUUGCUUGGAUCGAAACAAUAGUAAGAUUCAGGGUCAAUCAUGUCCAGUCUCAUUUGUUAGAUUUCUUAUUGGCAUCCCUUGAAGUCAUUCGCCGAGGCCAUUGGAACUUUUACAGAGUGGAGAAUGAGCAUUUGAACAAUGUAGGCCACUUUAGGGCAGUGAAGACCGUACCGUUGCCGUUCCGUGACAUGGACUCAGACGAUUAAACAAAGAUUAUUACAUUGGAGGGUCUAGUCAUGAACCAUGGUUCCAGGAUAUACAGGAAAGCAUUUCGGCUUUUGCAUUGAAUGUAACCAUAUUAGAGAAAACUUUUGGGGGAACUCCGGAAAUGCGUAACCAUUUUAUCCUUAAAGAACUGGGGACUAAUGGAUUCUUGAUUGUUGGUAGAACUUUCCAAGUGUAAAAUGAACAAAGAUAAUUUAACUUCCCACUUCAUAUAUCGAUUUUCUGUUUUUAA